AUGGGAUAUUUAUCGUUGCAUGUCUUUUGUCAUCUAUGUUACUGAUGACGGCUGAGGUUGUCUUGGAUUUGGCGUGGCGUUCUGGCGAUUGGCAGAAAGUGAUUGCCUCGUUAUUGUUUGUUCCAUACGAGAACUGCCUAAGGAUAACAAGCCGGGAAGAUGCCGGCUGGGCAGAAUGUUAAUCUUGCAAAUCAUCCAUGGCUACUUGGAUCUAAAUGACCUCUCAUGAACAUUGGCCAAUGCUACAUAUUGGCACCUCCAAGCUUGAUUCUGCUGGCUACGAUUACAAUGGACCUGGACUUACCACUCAUACUAUCGACCAAGGCUCCGUCGUACUACACAAUAGCGAGUACAAGAUUGUCUCCUCAUCUACUCAGCUAAACAAAUAAAUGACCUCCAAUCGAACACAUGAGGUGAAAACAAGGUAACGCUAAGCAUUUUUGUUUUGUUUUGCGAAUAUGCCCGACGGCGGGAAAUGUGGCGUUGAUCCUCGUAUAUGCACCAACCCGCGUCUAGCCCGAGUGGCUUGCAGUCUUGUUGGGUGGCCGGCACCAGAUCUGCCAAUCGACUUGUCCAAUGCAAGAUCUCGAGUGGCAUGUUCUAGAUUGGCUCUUGACGAGACGGGGUAAGCUAACGAUUGGGAGGGCGAGAGUUGCCUUCGGGAGGCACCCGAGAGGUGGACAAAGAACGCAAUUUUGCCGGUCAAGUCGGUCAAGUCUUUCAAGAGCUACAGAGAACACCAGGCUUUGCUGUAUCGUUGUUUUAUACAGGACUAUAAUCAAUGGAAUAUUAAUCUCGG